AUGGAAUUAGAAAACUAAAAAACAAAGCAUCAAAGAGGUGAUCAAUAUUUAAUCUGUUAAAUUAGCGAAACUCCCAUAAAUAAAGAUCAAAGACCUGAAAUAGACUUGUCUAGAGGAGAUAGUGAUGAUUUAAAACCCUAAAAAAACUAGGAAAUUUAAAAAUAUUAGUAAAUCGUAAACUAAGAAAAGAUGUUAGCCUAAGUGAAAAAUUAAGAUUAGGAUGUAAACGAUGGAAAUUUUUUAAAUUAAAAUACAGCUUCAGAGUAAGAAACAAAUGAAAAUAAAGAAAGUUGUGAUGAAAUUUCCAGUUCAAAUUUUCUUUAAAAGAUUGUCAUGUAUGAUUACAUAAAGGUGCUAUUAAAAUGUUCAAUUUCUAUAAAGUUAGAAAAAAUUCUUCUACUUAAACAUAUUCCAUAGAUUUCUAGAGAGCAAAACUUUGAACAAAAAUAUGAAAUUUUAAGUUAAAAAGUAAGAAAUUUAAUUCAAGAAUCUCAAAAAUCCAAACUAAAAGUGUCUCACUUUAAACUAAUCAAAGCAAUUUUAUCUACAUUCAAAAUAGAAUUAAUCUUUCAGUUAUUGACAAUGUUAACAAAUUCAGCUUUAAAAUUAUUUUACUCCUAUGUAAUAAUUUUUUUGCUAGAUGCCAUCAAUGAGAAUUAAAAUUAUUCAAAAGUCUAUUUUUGGGCUAUCAUACUCACUUUAACUCAGUUUGGAACUAUUUUAGCUGGACAUAACUCAGUCAGAUUCUUUUAUAACUUUUAUCCAGUCUUUAAAGUUAUUUUUAUGAAGAUAUUAUACUAAAAAAUUUCAUCUCUUUCUGCUUUUUCCAUCAAAAAAGCAAAUGUAGGUAAAUUGAUAAAUUUAGUUUCAAAUGAUCUCAAUCUACUAGAAUUUAAAUCCCUAUCUAUUAUCAAUAUGCUUCUAGUUCCUUUUAUACUUAUAGCAGUUGGAAUCAUUUUAUACUUUAGAUUAGGUGGAUAUUCCUUAUUAGGCUAUUCUAUAAUUUUAAUUUAUCCUUUUGUUUAAACUCUAUUUGCUAAGGUUAGCUAAAAAUAGUUCAGACUUAAGGCUUAGUUAGUUGAUCAUAGAAUCAAAUUUACAAAUGAAGUAAUAGAAGGAAUUAGACUUUUAAAAAUGUAUGCUUGGGAAGACGCUUUUGUUUAAUUUGUCAAAGCAAUUAGAUAAACAGAAAUUAAAAAAAUACUUAUCAUUUAGAUAAUUUACUUAACUCAACAGUCAAUAACUAGUAUAUUGAAUUUAAUUGCUUGCUUUGUUUCUUUCAUUUGUACUUAUUCUCUUGGAGAUCCUUCUUUGUUAACAGUCCCUAUGAUGCUUUCAGUCUUAGAUUUAUUUUCUUACACUAAAGAUAUGGUUAUUUAAGGCUUAGCUUUAGGAAUAACUGGGUUUUUUGAGCUUAAAGUUAUAUUUGAUAGAAUGAUUAGUAUCCUAACAAUUGAAGAAUCUCAAAUGCAAUCAAUUUAAUCAAAUUCUCAAGAAGAUUUUUAGAUCAUAGACUAAUCAUUACCCAGUGGAACUAUUUGUGUAAAUAAUUUUUCUGCUUACUGGGCAAAAAAUAAUCCUGUAUUAAGUGAAAUAAGCUUAAAAAUUUAAUAAGGAGAAUUUGUCUGUUUAGUUGGCAAGAUAGGAAGUGGGAAAUCUUCUUUUUUGAGCUGCUUUUUGUAAGAGAUGCCCUUUUAUGAAGGAAGUUUUAAAUUUCAUGGGAGCAUAGCUUAUGUAGAGUAAGAACCUUACAUAUUUAGCAGCUCAAUCAAAGAUAACAUAACAUUUGGAUCAUAAUAUGAAGAAGAAUUUUACAAAUAAGUUUUGGAAUGUUGCUGUUUGAAUGAUGAUAUCAAAUAAUUAGAUUUCGGAGAUUAAACUUAAAUUGGAGAAAGAGGAAUAAACUUAAGUGGGGGACAAAAAGCUCGUAUCUCGUUAGCACGUGCAAUUUAUUCAAAAUCGGAUAUUUAUAUUUUAGAUGAUCCGUUAUCUGCUGUAGAUUCAAAAGUAGCUAGGCAUAUUGUUGAAAAGGCUAUUUUGAAGAUGCUUAAAGGAAAAACGAUUUUGUUGGCUACUCACUAGCUUCAUUAUACUAAACAUUCAGAGAGAGUAGUUAUAAUGAAAGAAGGAAAAAUCUACAAAGAUGGUAGCUUUGAUGACUUAUAAAAUGUUUUAAAAGAGAUGUUUUAUGACAAAUUUGAUGAAAAUUAGGAAGAUAAUCAAAUAAAUUAAAAUUCAUCAAUAGAAAAUUCACAAGAAAAUUAAGAAAAUUUAAAAAAAGAAGAUGAAUAUUAAAAAAAUGUUAAAAAUUAGCAAAGCGCUUAAAUAUUUACAAAAGAAUAAGAUGAAGAAUCAUCUGUUAGUUUUAAAACUUAUUCCAAAUAUGUUGGCUAUUCUUCAUUUAAUUGGAUAUUCCCAAUAAUGCUGGCUUUAUUUGCUUUAUCUGAAGUUAUAUUCAUUUUUUAUACAAAAACAAUAUCUAACUAUGAUGAAAACGAUGAUGAUCUGUAAGAAAGACUAAAUCUUUUGGGAUAUCUAACUCUAGCUUAUCUAGUAAGCUAAUUUUUAAAAUAUAUAUGUUUUGCUUUGAUUUCCUACAGCAGUAACAAAAACAUUCACAAAAAAAUGAUUUAGUCUCUAGUAAGAGCAACAGUUUUAUUUUUCGAUACUACUCCUUCUGGAAGAAUUUUAAAUAGAUUUUCUUCUGAUUUAGGGUUGGUUGAUUAAGAGCUUCCUAGAAACAUCAUAAAUUCGAUUUAAUUCAUAGCUAUUUUUUGUGUUCUUUUGAUUACAAUUGUUAUUAUCAACCCUUACUUUUUAAUAGUUAUCGCUGUUUAGCUCUUUUUGACUUAUUGGUUUUUGAAUUUAUCUAAAGGUCCUUAAGUUUAAUGUAAAUAGCUUGAAUUAAGACAUCGCUCUCCUUUGUAUACUUGUUUUAACUAAACAAUUUAGGGUGUACUACCAAUCAAAAUUUAUAAAAAAGAAAAGAUAUUUUUAAGUAGUUUUUCAAAACUUCUUAAUAACUCUUUAAGGACAGCUUAAGCUACAAAUCAAAUUAUGAGAGGAUUUGCUAUGUUUAUUCAUAUAGCAUCUGCAUUGUUUUCAAAUAUAGGAAUUUUUAUGAUAAUUUCUAUUAAUAAUAACUCAACUUUUUUAGGAUAGGCAAUUAUUUUCUUUAUUACUGUAAGUGAUAACAUUCAAUUUGGGUUAAGAUAAAUGCUAUUAACAGAUGUGGGUAUGUCAAGUACUUAAAGAGCUAUGAAUCUUAUCGAAAUAAAUCAUGAACCUUGUCUCAGAAGUGAGUUUGACAACUGCUUUGUAUUAUAAUAAGCCAAAAAUAAGCAUGAUAAAAAAAAUAUCAUUAGAAAUUCUAACAAAAAAGUCUAUUCAUUCCCUAAAAAAGGUGAAAUUGAAUUUUAAAAUGUUAGAAUGAAAUACAGAAACGAUUUAAGCUAUGUUUUAAAAGAUCUUUCAUUCAAAAUAAAAGAUGGUGAAAAAGUAGGUUUUGUUGGGAGAACUGGAGCUGGUAAAUCUUCUAUCAUAUAAGCUCUUUAUAGAAUGACAGAGAUAGAAGCAGAACCUUAAUCAAACGGAUCCUAAGGGGUUAUAAAAAUAGAUGGAUAUAAUACAAGGGAACUUGGAAUUCAUACUGUAAGAGAAGCUAUGAGUAUAAUUCCUUAAGUUCCAUUUAUAUUUUCAGGUUCAAUUCGUAGAAAUUUAGAUCCUCUUAGCUAAUUUUCAGAUUAAGAUGUUAUCUAAAUAUUAGAAGAAAUUUGCCUAAAAGAUAAGGUACUAAAUCUGAAUAAAGGAAUAUAUACAGAUAUGACUAAUGCAAAUGAUAUCUUUAGUAGUGGAGAAAAAUAGUUGAUAUGCUUAGGAAGAGCACUUUUAAGGAAAAGUAAGAUUUUAGUUUUAGAUGAAGCAACAGCAAAUUGUGAUUUGAAGACUGAUUAAAUCAUAUAGUAAAAAAUUAGAGAAAAAUUUUAAGACUCAAGUAUAAUUACGAUAGCUCAUAGAUUAAACACAGUUGCAGAUUACGAUAAAAUUAUUAUUAUAGAUUAAGGGCACGUUGUAGAGGAAGGAGUUCCUUUUGAACUCCUUUAAAAAGAAGAUAGUUUAUUUAAAAAUAUGGUUUCUCAAACAGGAGAUAAAAACUUCAAACAAAUUUACUAAUAGGCAUAGUAAAGUUAUAAAAAAACGGAAAAACUAACAACUAUAAAUUAUUAAAAUAAUAAUUAAAAUAUACCUUAAAAUUUAUGA